UUCUAGACACAAUGUUGACUGUUCAAAUACUAACUCUUCUGAUAACACUACUGUUGUCUUUUCUAUAUCUUCGUUGGAGAAGUGUGAAGGGAUAUUGGGCAAAGCUUGCCCCCUAAUCCGCUGUGUGGAAGCCUAACCUUUUUGCUACGUAAAAAUGUGGGAAUUUGGAUGCGUGAGACCUAUGAGAAGUUCUUCUCUGGAGGUAACCGUGUGAAGUAUGUCGGCAUCUGGAAGCCCGCCCUUCUGGUCUGUGAUCCUGAAAUCGCCCGGAAUGUGCUUGUCAAAGACUUCGGAAACUUCAGAAACAGAAACUUAGCGUCUGGUUCCAACGAUCCCAUCGGCGCUCUCAACGUUUUUACCGUCAAUGACCCCGUUUGGAGUCAAGUGCGUCGUCGACUCACACCAGUGUUCACGUCAUCCAAGUUAAAACAAUUGCAAUCCUACAUCCGCAGUAAAUCCAAAGAAGUCGUACAGCGCAUUGCACUAGAAAAGGGAAACCGAAUUGAUUUACGGCAACUCCUAUCAGACUUCACCACGGAUGUAAUCGGCACUUCGGCUUUCGGUAUCGCGAGCGAUACGACUCUGACUGGAGACAGUUCACUGCGUGCCGUCACCAAGGAGUUCAUGAAGUUCUCCGUCUACAGAGGCUGCUGCUGAACCUCCAUCUUCUUCUGGCCUGAAUUAGUCGAGAUAUUUAGGUUCACAUUAUUUCCGAAGGAGUCAGUGGAUUUCUUCAGAAAAAUAUUUAAGACCAUUCAUCCCAAAGAAAAGUAGACGAU